AUGGAGAAAAAACGGAAAGGAGGCGCGGAGAAAGUCCGAGAUAAAAAGAGAAAAGCCCUAGAGGCAAACUCUGCAACAUGUGCUAAAAUAUCGGACAUGUUUGCCGCGACAGCUGGCCCGGCUUCAUUAGCACCUGCGACGGUGGAAAUUGCGGCGGCGGAGGCUGAGGAGGAUGUCGGUGAUGAUGGGGACGGAGAGGUGACUGAAUGGUGGCCGAGGCCAAGCGCAGAGAUGGGUGGCGCUGGCGGCGGCCCGGCCCCGGGGCCGAGCUCAGCCUCAGACGAAGUGGCGGCGGGCACUGUAUUAAACUGCUCCAGAGCAAGUGUUGAUCACCUCCUUGAGGGAAGACAGCUGAAAGGACACCGUGAGCAGGUGAAGAAGAGACGUCAGGUGUUGGAACGUGUGGUGGAGGUUGUGAGAGUCUUAGGGAAGAGAGGCUUAAGCUACAGGCAGGAGCACAAUGAAGCUGCGUACACCUUGGACAUCAACAGUCUCGACCAUGGCAAUUUCCUAGAACUUAUUAUAUUGUUGGGGAAAUAUGAUGUGUGUUUAAAGGAGCACCUCAGCAGUGUAAUUGAGAAAAGCAAGCAGAUCCAUGCUUCAGGCACACAAGGCAGAGGCUCUCUCAUUACCCUCCUGUCCAAAACAACUGUGGAUGCAGUAAUCGAUGCUAUCAAGCAUUUAAUUCAAGAGAGCAUCUCAGCAGACAUCAAAAAAGCCGGAAUGUAUUCUGUGCAGCUCGACACAACACAAGAUGUUACAGGGAGAGAGCAGUGUUCUGUGAUUUUGAGGUUUGUGACGGAUGCAGUCCAUGAAAGGCUGGUUGCAGUCGUACAAUGCAGCACAACUACAGGACAGUCGUUCGUGACGCUGUUAACAGAAGUCCUUGAGAGUCUGCAAUUGGACAUAGGCCUGUGCAUUGGAAACGCCACAGAUGGAGCCUCUAAUAUGCAGGGUCAAUACAGAGGUUUCUCUGCAUUAAUGGCAUCCAAAAACCCCACCCAUCAGCAUGUGUGGUGCUAUGCACAUGUCUUGAACCUUGUAUUGUCCGAUACCACCCAUAGCGUCAUUGAAAGUGGAUCACUAUUUGACCUGCUGAACGACAUUGCCGUAUUCAUCAGGGACUCAUACACAAGAGUGAGUGUGUGGGAGACCGAGAGCCAGGACAAGAGGCACAAACGCAUCUCAACAAUUGGAGAGACGAGAUGGUGGGCUAAACAUCAUGCCCUGAGGAAAGUUUUUGGAAACUUUGGCAGACCUGAUGGCGGCCUUUUUGUUGAAGUGGUGUCCACACUUUCUGCCAUAAUGAAGCUGAAGUCACUUGCAUCAAAUGCAAGAAACAAAGCCAGAGGAUACAGAGACGGCUUACUUCGAUACGAAACUGUGCUCACAGCUCAGUUAUUCCUCCGGGUAUUUGAGUUCACCUCACCACUGUCAAAAUACCUACAGACCGGAGGAAUGGACAUCCUCUCUGCACAUAGGAUGGUCACCACAACACACGAUUCACUUACAAAGAUAGCAAGAGAUUUCCCGGCCGUCAAAGAUGCAGCUGACUGUUUUGUCCAUUGGGCAAAUGAAAAGCUAGAGGAGCAGGAUGAUCUAGAUUUGGAAGUGGAGGCAGCACUACCUCAGAAAAGGCUAAAGAAGAAGAAAGUCUUGCCAGGAGAGAUGGCCCAGGAUGAAAGCCUCAGUGAUUCAGAGAAGGCCUAUGAGGUCAAUGUUCACCACCAGAUCCUGGAUACAGCUGUUGAGGCCAUGCACCACAGAUUCCUCACUCAUGGCACUCUGUAUGCAGAUUUAUCCCUCCUACAUCCCAAAAACUUCCCCCUCAUCCAGACCAGUGGCGGUGCACUCCCUGUAUCUGCACUUCAAGAACUCAGCAAGUGUCUAGUUGUGUAUGACAGCAGGGCAACUGUUACAGAUCUACAGAUUGAACUCAGAAACUUGGCACAGCAAUGGGACAGGCUGGUACAAUCACAAUUGGAUAACUACGCAACUAAUUUCAUUGCCUUGCUACAUAUUUGUUCUUGUGGACUAUUGGAGGGCCAUUCAACAUUUUCUCAACCAGCUGCCCUGUCCCCCAGGGGUGUUCCAGGGAUGUGCAUUUCAUUGGUGUGGACUUCACAGGCAUUCUUCAAAUUUGUAAUUUUUGGAGUGAAGGAUUGCCUUCCCCUGAUGUGGAGUUCACGUGUGUUCUUUUUGUUUCAUUAGCACCAAGGUCCAUGCAGCCUUUUGUCUCAGCAUAUGUAAGUACAAAAUGAGCUAUUAUCUCUCUGUUCACCUAAAGAUUAUUUAAACUAUACCUUAACUGAUCUCUCUCUCUCUCUCUC